AUGAGCGACACUGCAUACGCCAGAAUUGAGUUGCAACCGUUGGCGUCGGUGCAGCAAUCGGAAGGAUACGAGAACAGAAAACCGACAGGCACGGAUGGAACGCGUGCUUCUUCCCUGUCAGGACGUCAUCAGGGCAGCUCUUUCACUGCAAAUCCUGUCAUCUUCAGAAGCGUAUCACAGACUCGGACAGUUCUUCGCGAUGCCUAUGCGAAGUCAAUGCCGUUCCUUCGCGAGUCGUACACCGAGUCGAAACCGUUCGUCCGUCAGGCUACGUACCAUGUCAAAUCCACAGUCACGCAAAGAUGGUUCAUCCGACAUAUCGUGGGGUUACUCACUCUUCUACUUUUCGGACUCUUACCCUGCAUCUUGUACUUUCGGAUACUCGAAAAUCCUUUUUCGGUACAAGAGGCAACAUGUGACGGUUACAGGCCAAAAUCAGACAAUGACAAUGGGAUCCAAGGUCUCUUCACCAUCGACCGAGUCUCAGGUGCAUUUCCCUUUUGGUUGGCCAAGCUCUUGGAUACCAUAUGGGACUUGGCAGUUGGACGAGGGUUUCAGUUCGUGUCGUCAUGCGUGGCCUACGUUGUCUUCACCAGCGCAGUGCUCCGGACAAUAGAGGUAUCGCCUAUCCCGUAUAGGACGUUCAUCUCCCUGUCUCAAGACGGACCAACGGUAUCGAGCAUCGUUUCGCUUCUCGCAGACAUCACUCGCUAUGCUCGAACUCGGACGACCCUGCUUUUCGUCUGGGUUACCUUGUCUACCCUUUACGUAGUAGCCAUGCCGACCCUGUUCUCUACCAUGACUGGAUAUAUCAGCACCUCCAGGGCGUUCACGCAGAUUCCUUCAUCUACCGGCUCCGGCCUUCAGUACAUUCCAAGGGAUGAUUUUUUCUUGGGAUUAGUGAUUCAUGACCUGCCAGGGAUUGCGAAUAAUACGUGCUUCCCUACCGAGGAAGUUGACACUCCGGUACACCAAAUGUUUGAGCAAUCCAGCCAAUGCUAUGUCAAUCGUCGUCAAUGUAAGGCCAAGACCUUGGAGAGUGACGGCUAUAAUGAUUACCUCCCAUGGGUUUAUUUCAGCAAUGAAACCUACCUAUUGUAUGGUGAUUACUACAACUGCAACGCCACGUUGAAUAUGACUGUAGCUGGAAAAACUUUGGCGUGGAAGGACGGCCGGCACCAUAUCGGCGACCAUGCGGGUUGGUGCUACGAUGGUAAACCGUACGGCGAUCGAUACAUGUACGAGAAAACUCAGUGUAUGCCCGACACCAAAGGCGCCCGGUACCACUGGGGCUUCUCAGCAACGCUAACGUCGGUGGUCGUCAUCGUGCACGCAGUGUGGGCGCUGACGAUGUAUGCGGUCUGGCUCGAGGCGGAAGUCCAUGGCCGCCUGUUGCGCGAAGGGUACAACUUGACGCAGCUGCGUGGAAUCUUUGUGGUUGCGGCCGCUGCGCAGGACACGACGGGGAUGGAGGUCGCGGAACUGAAGACGCUCUCGACGAGUAAAGUGGAGAAAGAACUGUUUGACAAGGGUGCGAGGGUCGAGUUUAAGCAGCUUGAGAAGGAACUGCCGUAUGCGCACGUAACGGCGUUUGAGGCAACAUGA